GUGCCCUUGACGAAGACGUCAUUGUAAAAUGGCGCUUGCGCAGUGAUGUUUGAAUCGAACAAGUAGUGGGGGACUCCCUCGCAAGUGGUGACCGAUGAAUACUCCGCGAAUUCCGCUAAAAAAAUUAUUACGGCGUAUACAUUGUCUUGUCAUCAUUACCUGCCACCGCGCAAUGACGUUAAUCAGGUGAUUUCUUCUCAAGUAGAGCAAUCGAGUUUGGAGUAAGAGUGUCACCGUGGUUUCCCGAUUAUUGCACAAGUAGAGGAACGCGACGCCCGAGGUUCUCAACGACAACUCCAACCAACUCCUCAUUGUAAGAUGUAACGUAACAACUAGCCAGAGGUUGUCGUUCUACUGAUCUCGCUGAUGAAAAAAAAUUACAUUUGUUCGUCUAGAACUCUACUAGUUCAUUUACCCGAACGAAUUAAUUUAAAACCUGCCGAGUUCAAGGUCUCCAAGACAAAAUGGCACAAUUGGAGCAACAAAUGCCCAUUCCGUUGCCGGAUUUAAGCACACUCAGAAUAACUACCGCCGUUACUAUGCUGGGAAAAGCCUACGGAUGCGGCCAAUGCAGUGCUCCCCCACCUGGGCCGACAACCAGCACAGCGGUAGGAGCUGCUGGAGCUGCUAGCAGUAGUGUUGCUGCCUCCAGUUCCUUGGGAAUUGUUCCGUCACAGCAGACACACACACCUCCUCAGCCCCCAGAUUUACCAGUAUUCUCAUGUCCUCGCCGGCCAAACAUCGGACGGGAGGGAAGGUCGAUCGGGCUGAAGGCGAACCAUUUUCAAAUAAGCAUGCCAAGGGGAUACGUCCAUCACUACGACAUAAACAUCCAGCCGGAUAAAUGCCCGCGGAAAGUUAACCGGGAAAUAAUAGAGACGAUGGUCCACGCUUACACUAAAAUAUUCGGAACUCUGAAGCCUGUGUUCGACGGGAGGAACAAUUUGUAUACACGAGACCCACUGCCGAUUGGCAACGACAAACUAGAGCUGGAAGUGAUACUGCCGGGUGAGGGCAAAGACCGCGUAUUUCGAGUAUCAAUAAAAUGGCUGGCCCAGGUAUCGCUGUACGCUCUCGAGGAAGCUCUUGAAGGGCGAACACGACAGAUCCCGUACGACGCGAUCCUCGCGCUGGAUGUCGUCAUGAGACACUUGCCCUCUAUGACCUACACCCCCGUGGGCAGAUCGUUCUUCAGCACUCCAGACGGAUAUUACCAUCCACUGGGUGGAGGUAGAGAAGUCUGGUUCGGUUUCCACCAGUCCGUGAGACCGUCUCAGUGGAAGAUGAUGCUCAACAUCGACGUGUCAGCCACUGCCUUCUACAAAGCUCAGCCGGUGAUCGAGUUCAUGUGUGAAGUCUUGGACAUCAGGGAUGUUAAUGAACAAAGAAAACCACUUACUGAUUCCCAGCGUGUUAAGUUUACCAAAGAAAUAAAAGGCCUGAAAAUAGAAAUUACCCACUGCGGUACAAUGCGACGAAAGUAUCGUGUUUGUAAUGUCACCCGUAAGCCCGCACAAAUGCAGUCAUUCCCUCUGCAGCUGGAAAAUGGACAGACGGUUGAAUGCACAGUAGCUAAAUAUUUUUUGGACAAAUAUAAAAUGAAAUUACGAUACCCCCAUCUGCCGUGCCUUCAAGUCGGUCAAGAGCACAAACACACCUAUCUCCCCCUCGAGGUCUGCAAUAUUGUCGCCGGCCAGCGUUGUAUCAAGAAACUCACAGACAUGCAGACAUCGACGAUGAUAAAAGCAACAGCUCGCUCGGCGCCAGACCGUGAACGUGAAAUAAACAACCUCGUCCGCCGUGCGGACUUCAAUAAUGAUUCUUAUGUUCAAGAAUUUGGUUUGUCUAUUUCUAAUAACAUGGUCGAAGUACGCGGUCGCGUAUUGCCUCCGCCAAAACUACAGUACGGUGGACGCGUAAGUUCCCUCAGUGGACAGACGAAGCAGCAGGCGCUGCCAAAUGCCGGAGUAUGGGACAUGCGAGGCAAACAAUUUUACACAGGAGUCGAAAUAAGAGUGUGGGCAAUUGCUUGCUUCGCUCCGCAGCGAACAGUUCGAGAAGACGCCUUGAGAUCUUUCACUUCUCAGCUACAGAAAAUAAGUAACGACGCUGGUAUGCCGAUCAUUGGGCAGCCGUGUUUCUGCAAAUACGCAACUGGACCAGACCAAGUUGAACCCAUGUUCCGCUAUCUGAAGUCUACCUUCCAAGCUCUGCAACUCGUCUGCGUUGUCCUGCCUGGCAAGACGCCUGUCUAUGCUGAAGUAAAGCGCGUGGGUGACACACUGCUAGGUAUGGCGACUCAAUGUGUUCAAGCAAAGAAUGUCAACAAAACGUCACCACAGACCUUAUCAAACUUGUGUCUAAAAAUAAACGUCAAACUCGGAGGUAUCAAUAGCAUCCUGGUACCAAGUAUAAGACCCAAAGUCUUCAACGAGCCCGUGAUAUUCCUCGGCGCAGACGUAACUCAUCCUCCGGCCGGUGACAAUAAGAAGCCAAGUAUUGCAGCAGUUGUCGGCAGCGUCGACGCUCAUCCGUCUCGUUACGCAGCAACAGUACGAGUCCAGCAGCACAGACAGGAAAUAAUCCAGGAGCUCAGUUCAAUGGUCCGCGAGCUGCUGAUCAUGUUCUACAAGAGCACAGGAGGUUACAAACCCCACAGAAUAAUUCUCUACCGCGACGGUGUGUCUGAGGGCCAGUUCCUCCAUGUCCUUCAGCACGAGCUCACGGCGAUCCGCGAGGCCUGUUUGAAACUGGAACUAGAAUACAGACCUGGUAUCACAUUCAUCGUCGUGCAGAAACGACAUCACACAAGACUCUUCUGCGCGGACAAAAAGGAACAGAGCGGGAAAAGUGGAAACAUACCAGCGGGUACGACUGUUGAUGUCAGUAUUGUGCAUCCAACAGAGUUCGAUUUUUACCUCUGCAGUCAUCAAGGUAUCCAAGGAACAUCUAGACCCUCCCACUAUCACGUCUUGUGGGAUGACAAUCAGUUCGAGAGUGACGAAUUGCAGUGUCUGACUUAUCAAUUGUGUCACACGUAUGUCAGGUGUACGAGAUCCGUUAGUAUACCAGCUCCAGCUUAUUACGCCCACUUGGUUGCAUUCCGUGCUAGGUAUCAUCUUGUUGAAAAAGAACACGACAGUGGCGAAGGUUCACAUCAAUCAGGUUGUAGUGAAGACAGGACACCCGGCGCAAUGGCUCGCGCCAUAACAGUACACGCCGACACUAAACGAGUCAUGUAUUUCGCGUAAAUUAAUAAAAAAAUAAAAAUAA